UCUAAAAGCAAAGGUGCCCCCCCAAAAAAAAAAAAAAUCAGAGAAAGAGAGAGAUGAUAAAACCCUAGCCUUAGAUUUUUACACUUCCUCUAAGCAGUGGAGUAAGAGUAGCAGUGUAGAGGAAAACCCUGAGCUUUACACUUUCUCUCUCUCUCUCUCUCUUCUCUUCUCGAUCUGUUCUCUCUUGCUUUUUUCUUUUGUCAAACUCUUUUUUCGAUUCUCCAAUCGUCUUUACUCCAUCGCCGUCUCAUCGAUCGAUCGAUCGAUUCAUUGGCCAAAUUUGAUUUUUUCUGGAGCUUGUUUGGUUCGGUUUUCGUUUCACAAGAUGAUUGCCGCGGAAAAUGUCAUGCCAAAGCAAAAGUUGAAGAUUAAGUUCCCUGCUCAUGUACUGCAAUCUUAUGAGUUUGGGCAGCAACUGAGCAGUUCCUUUGAUGGAAAAAAGAUGUCAUCUGCUGGAAAUUUGAAAGAGACUUCAGGUGCUUACAAGCGUGGACCAGAAAGGGUGAUGGUGGGUGGUCCACAGGAGAAGAGGCAAAAGAUGGACUGCAGCAUAACUCAGCAGUGUUCUGCCCUGCUAAAAGCACUGAUGAAACAUCCAGCUGGGUGGGUUUUCAAUCAACCAGUGGAUCCUAAAGCAUUAAAGAUUCCUGAUUAUUUUUCAAUAAUAAAAAACCCCAUGGAUUUGGGUACAAUUAAGUCCAAGCUAGCGAAGAAUACAUAUCUUGGCAUUGAAGAGUUUGUAGCUGAUAUUAAGCUGACGUUUUCUAAUGCCAUGCUGUAUAAUCCACCAUCAAAUAAUGUUCAUAAAAUGGCAGAAGAAAUGAAUGAGUUUUUUGAGGCAAGAUGGAAAUCUUUGGAGGAAAAGUGGAAUCAAGAAAAUUUUAAGGUUGGGCAUGGGAAAGUUUUGAGUGUGCGACUGAAAGAUGUUAAUGAAUCAAGACAGAGUUGUUAUAAAACACAACCAUCCCGAAAUAGCUCUUUGCCUAAGAAGUCAAAGCCAUCUGAGGGGAAGGUUGUGAAGGUGACUUUGAAUGCAAGAGCAGCAGAGGUUGAGUGGCCUAAACCGGCACUGAUCUGUGUGAGCAAGUUGGCGGGGAAAAACUUACAAAAAGGCGCCAGUACCGGUAGUGGUAGUGGUGGGCAUGCCUAUGGGUCUAUCAAUGCCAAGCCACCAUUGAGCCCAGGUGCUUGCAAAUGCAGUUCAUGUGGCAGCAUUAAGUGUCAAUGUAGCCUUGCAAGUGAUUCAAACCAUGCAUCUUCCAGUGAUGUGACUUCGGAAAGAUCAUUGGGUGGAGAUCUUAGAGUGUGUAGUGCUGAUGCCUCUAAAUUGGAUUGCCAGUCAAAAAGCACAUUGACAUCACAAGUGAGCAAAUCUGAUCCAGAUUCUGAUGGGGCUGUAAGUGCCUUGGAUGAUGAGAAUCUUUGUCUUAGUUCUCAACUUACAACUCUUUCAACAGAUGCUGCUUCUGGUGAAGGAUUGUUAACUCCUAUUUUUGAUGCACAAAUGUCACCGAAGAAGGCUCUUCGUGCUGCAAUGCUGAAAAGCCGUUUUGCAGACACCAUUUUGAAAGCUCAGCAGAAGACACUACUUGAUAACGGUGAUAAAACUGAUCCAGUGAAGAUGCAGCUGGAAAAGGAAAAAUUGGAAAGAAGGCAGCGUGAAGAAAAGGCAAAGAUUGAAGCUCAAAUCAGAGCUGCUGAAGCUGCAGCAAGAAUGAAGGCAGAGGUUGAGUCGAAAAAGCAACGGGAAAGAGAAAGAGAAGCUGCUCGAAUUGCAUUGCAAAAGAUGGAAAAAACAGCUGAGAUCGAACAGAAUCUGGAGAUUCUAAAGGAAUUCGAGAUGCUUAGUGGAUGCUCUCUUUCUAUUAAUCAAUUGCAUGGUCGUAAAAAUGGAUAUGAAAAGGUGAGUGGAGCAUAUGGAGGAACUCGUGUGAAUCCACAGCUGAUGCAGCAGCUGGGUUUGUUCAUCAAAGACGAGUAUUUGGCAGACGAUGACGAUGAGGCAAUUCUGAAUGAAGAUGGUGAAGAGGGAGAAAUACUGUCUUAAACAUAGUAAUAUUGUAGUCCUCUUUGUUCCAGCGCUUGUUAAUAAUUUCUUAUUGGGAGAAAAAAAAAGGAAAAAAAAAAGGAAAAAAAAAGGAUGGUCAAAGUGGAAUUGUUUGUAAAUGAAGUAUUUUUGUAGGAAAUUGGAUAUUUUUAACAAAACACGUAUAUAUUUAUAUAGAAAAGCUAAAAGUAUAGUUUCCAUCAAAUUCA